UGUUUUGUUCACAUAACAUAUCCAGUUCAAACCUGCAAUGACUUGACUUCCGCGUGGCCCACUAAACAGCUUCCCUUCUUCUCUGCGUUUCGAAGUUCUUCUUAAAACCAAUCCUGUUUCUUAUUUGCAAUUUGAUCUCAGUCCGUCUUUCUUUGGAGCCUGAGAGUCCUUCUAUGCCUACCUCUCCCACCAAAUUUCGCUUAACUUCAUUUCUUCCCGUUUAUCUUCUUCUUUCGCUCAGACCCAGUUAGGAAGCCACAGUUCACAAGGUAUAGCAUAUGCCCUCAAACCCGAUUCAAAAAAAUAGCGUGUAAAACAAGCUCGCUGGUCUCCGAGGCGUGUCGUCCAGCUUCUAGAAGGAAGGCUUCCCUGUUAAAGCAAGCUGUCACUUCCGGCACCGCAAACCUACUGCUCGGUGCCGCCUCUCUAUCGAAGCAUUAUUCAGUUUCAACCCGUCCAGGGCUACGAUGGCGGUGUCAAUUUCCAGCCGCUUUUAGCGUCCAUUGCCAAUUUAUUCUUGACUGGCACCUUGCAAGAAAUCUUCCAAGAGGCAAUGUUUAAUUGCUAAAACCCUACCAUGUUGCAGAGCCUCUCGAUAUAAAAGGCCACCAGUUCGGAUUCAUGUCCCAACCUGCCCGAUCCAAUUAAAACUUAGAGGAUCUUGCGAAAAUGGAGAUGAAGAAUAUCAGAGGAGAAGAAAUGGCGAAGUGGGAGGUGAGAAGGAGAAGGAGAAGGGGAAAACCUUCGAGGGAGAUCACAAGGGAACGGGCAAAGGGUCUUCGUGAGAUGCAUAUUCCGAAUGAAAUAAACCGUUUCAUUAAACCACGUAAGAUACGGUUACGCUGUGAUUCCCCUAUCGGUUGCAUUCAACAUUUUACUAUUAUAAAAGCACCGCCCAAAUUGUUUAAACCAAGCCCGAGUAUACAAAUCCCCUUUCUCAAGCAACCCCUCUCUCUCUUUCUCUCUCCGAGAAAUGGGUCAGGCUCCAUCCGGCGGGCCGAAUCGCCCAGGCGACCGCAAACACGACGACGGCAAUAAAAAGGAGAAAAAGUACGAGCCCGCGGCGCCUCCCUCCCGCGUGGGCCGCAAGCAGCGUAAGCAAAAGGGUCCCGAGGCAGCGGCCCGGCUCCCCACUGUGACUCCUCUAACCAAGUGCAGGCUCCGACUCCUGAAGCUCGAGCGCAUCACGGACUAUCUCUUGAUGGAGGAGGAGUUCGUGGCUAACCAGGAGAGGCUCAAGCCCCAGGAGGAGAAGAACGAAGAGAACCGCUCCAAGGUCGACGAUCUCCGUGGCUCCCCCAUGAGUGUGGGCAAUCUGGAGGAGCUGAUUGACGAGAAUCAUGCCAUUGUGUCGUCCUCGGUGGGGCCCGAGUACUACGUUGGGAUCCUGUCGUUUGUGGACAAGGAUCAGCUGGAGCCCGGAUGCGCCAUUCUUAUGCACAAUAAGGUCCUUUCUGUGGUUGGGCUUCUUCAAGAUGAGGUUGAUCCCAUGGUGUCCGUGAUGAAAGUCGAGAAGGCUCCACUGGAGUCUUAUGCUGACAUAGGCGGGUUGGAUGCCCAGAUUCAGGAAAUUAAAGAAGCGGUGGAGCUUCCUCUUACUCAUCCUGAAUUAUACGAAGACAUUGGUAUCAAGCCCCCCAAAGGAGUCAUACUAUAUGGGGAGCCUGGGACAGGGAAAACUUUGCUUGCCAAGGCAGUGGCAAACUCAACCUCAGCGACUUUCUUGCGCGUGGUUGGAAGUGAAUUAAUUCAGAAAUACUUGGGUGAUGGACCUAAAUUAGUCAGGGAACUCUUUCGAGUUGCAGAUGAGCUUUCACCAUCAAUUGUCUUCAUUGAUGAGAUUGAUGCAGUGGGCACAAAAAGGUACGAUGCACAUUCAGGUGGGGAACGUGAGAUUCAGAGGACUAUGUUGGAAUUGCUGAAUCAGUUAGAUGGUUUUGACUCGAGAGGAGAUGUCAAAGUGAUUCUUGCUACAAAUAGAAUAGAGAGUCUUGAUCCAGCCUUGCUGCGUCCUGGUCGAAUUGACCGGAAGAUUGAAUUCCCUCUACCAGACAUAAAAACGAGGAGGCGCAUUUUCCAGAUACACACGUCAAGAAUGACAUUGGCAGAUGAUGUCAACUUAGAAGAGUUUGUGAUGACUAAAGAUGAAUUUUCUGGGGCCGAUAUCAAAGCAAUUUGUACUGAGGCUGGUUUGCUUGCUUUAAGAGAGCGUCGUAUGAAGGUAACACAUGCAGACUUCAAGAAAGCCAAGGAGAAGGUGAUGUUUAAAAAGAAAGAAGGGGUGCCAGAAGGGCUCUAUAUGUAGAAGGGUAGCUAGUUAUGUCAGACCGAAAAGCAUUGUUUUUUUUUUUUUCCAAUUUAGUUUGCUUUUUUUAAUCUUCAUGAGAGAAGGGCCUUAGAAAUGCUCAAAAGGCUCCAAAAGAAAUGCACCAAAUGGCACUCUGCUAAAUCUGCAGAAACUGGGUUAUGAAAGGGAGUUUUUUAGUAC